AUGAGAACUGUGCUUGCAUGGACAGACAAGAUUGUUUCAUCAAACGGACCACUGCCCGUAUACGAUCUAGCCUUCAAACCAGAUGCAUCUCAACUAAUCGUAACCGCAGGCUCAGAACUACUCGUAUACGACACGGACAAGGGUGACAUCAUCACCUCCCUAAAGGCACAUAAAGCAACUAUAUACUGUGUCCAAUUCAGUGCUGAUGGCAAACGUUUUGCUACUGGAUCUGCUGAUAAACAAGUCAUUAUAUGGAAUUCGGAUGAGUUUGCUCCUAUUGGCAAAUACUCGCACUCUGAUUCGGUACAGACUGUCGCGUUUAGUCCUGCUAGUGGGGUUAUAUUGUCUGGAAGUACAUCUGAAGUGUGCUUGUGGUCGGCUGAACAAAAAGGUGUUACAAGGUUGAAGGUCAACUCAAAAGUCUUGACCGCGUCAUGGAAUACAGAGGGCACUCAUUUCGCGCUGGGACAUUAUAAUGGUGUCGUAUCUAUAAGAACACGGACGGGUGAAGAAACAACACGCAUAGAACGUGGCCCAAAUCCAGUAUGGUCUCUAAGUUUCUGCCCAUCCCAAGAUAUGUUAGCAGUAUCAGACUGGUCACAACAACUCGCAUUCUAUCAGCUGGACGGCAAACAAGUCGGGAAAGAACGUCCACUAGGCCUAGAUGCAUGCACCAUAUCCUAUUUCAGUAAUGGAGACUAUUUCGUUAUGGGUGGCCAAGAUCGUAAAGUCACCUUAUGGACUAGUGGGGGUAUAAAGUUAGGUCCUGUAUCUGAAUGUGAGUCGUGGGUGUGGUGUGCUAGAGUCAAGCCAGGUCAGAAUUAUGUAGCUGUCGGGUGCCAAGAUGGGACUCUGUCGCUGCAUCAGAUAGUUUUUAAUACAGUGCAUGGACUAUACCACGAUCGAUACGCAUACCGUGAAAAUAUGACGGAUGUAGUGAUACAGCAUCUGUCGACACAACAAAGGGCACGCAUCAAGUGUCGAGAUCAUGUUAAAAAGAUUGCCGUGUAUAGAGAUCGACUAGCAGUACAAUUAUCAGAUCGUAUAAUUGUAUAUGAGCUCACCCAUGAUGAUGCAACCGACAUGCACUAUCGCAUAAAGGAUAAGUUAUUGAAAAGGUUGGAAUGUAAUUUGCUUGUCGUCACCGCCGAACACAUAAUACUCUGUCACGACAUGAAGCUGCAAAUGUAUAAUUUUGUCGGCGACAAGGUGCGGGAAUGGUCUCUUGAUGCCUUUGUGAGGUAUAUCAAAGUAGUCGGUGGACCACGAGCACACGAAGGCCUACUAGUAGGUCUCAAGAGUGGACAGGUGCUACGAAUAUUUACAGACAAUCCAUUUCCGAUACCGAUAGCCAAAGUCAGCUCAUCUGUCCGAUGUCUUGAUCUCUCCAUGAAUCGAAACAAGGUCGCUAUAGUAGAUGAGCAGAAUGUCGUAUCGGUCUACGACAUUAAAACACAGGAGCUCCUGUUUCAAGAACCGAACGGAAACAGUGUGGCAUGGAACUCUGAAAUGGAGGACAUGUUGUGCUACAGUGGUAAUGGACUAGUGCAUAUAAAAUCAGGCAACUUCCCAGCCCAUCAACAAAAAUUGCAGGGCUUCGUAGUGGGUUUCAAAGGAUCUCGUAUAUUCUGUCUGAAUGUAUACGCUAUGACUACAGUCGACAUUCCACAAACUGCCACGCUCGAAAACUAUCUCGAACAUCGAGACUUUGAAACUGCAUAUAACGUUGCGUGUUUGGGUGUUACUGAUGCUGAUUGGAGAAGACUGGCUAUGGAGGCUAUUGAGGGCUUGUCUCUGGAUAUAGCUAGAAGAGCUUUUGUGAGAUUACGAGAUUUGCCGUAUGUGGAUUUGUUGAGAACGUUUGAGAGGGCCAAGGCUGAGGGUAAAAAUCAGCCAGAUUUGUUUUUGGCUGAGGUUUACGCUUAUUCUGGUCGUUAUCAUGAGGCGGCUAAACUCUUCAAACGAUGUGGGCAUCCUGAGAAGGCCAUUGAGAUGUAUACAGAACUAAAUAUGUGGGCCUUUGCCACACAAGUCGCUGAAGAAACCAAAUCAAAUCCAACCGACAUACUAUCACGAAAGGCACAAAUGCUCGAAGACCAACAAGAUGGUGCCGCGGCAGCUGCCACAUAUAUGGACCUUGGAGAAUACGCUAAAGCUAUUGAUCUCUUUGUCGCAGACAUGGCAUACGACAAACUCAUAGAAGUCGUCCGAAAAGUAGAUCGCUCAGAAAGUAAAAUCCUCAGUAAAUGCUAUGACGUAUUCAAAACUGUCGGACAGUACGAUUAUGCUGCUGAAACGUUAGUGAAACUACGUGAUAUAACUCAUUUGCUGGAACUGCAUAUUGAACGCCAGAAAUGGGACGAGGCAUUCAAGAUCAUAAAGAUACAUCCCGAACAUGCUGCUCAAGUAGAAUUACCGUAUGCUAAUUGGCUGGCGGCCAAUAAUCGAUAUAUAGAGGCCCAAGAGUUUUAUCGCAAAGUGGGGAGACUGGAUGAAGCAUUCCGAGUCUUGGAGAAUCUGGCUCAGACUGCUAUAGUGGAUUCUCGAUUUGACGAUGUUGCAUUUCAUUAUUGGACGCUAGCUCAUGAGCAGCUAGAUCGUAUACCUGCUGACGUCGAAGCUGCACAUCUAGAUGAGGUUGAGAAGGUCGCUCUGGCUAGCUUCACCAAACAUUUAGAGCUCGCUGAAAUCUAUUAUGCAUACCACCAUGUCCGUAAAUUCAUACACGAUCCGUUUACGCUACAUAUGCCAGAAUCACUAUUAAAUAUGGCUCGAUUCGUCUUGCAGUGGGGUGUCAACGAUAAACCACUACCACCAGGAGUAUCCAAAGCCCAUUUAUUAUUCGCAGCUGCUAAACUGGGACGAGCUUUAGGUGCCAAUAAACUGUCGCAGACGUGCUUUGAAGGACUCUCACAUCUUCGGUUUCCAUUUCAAUGGACGGAAGCAGUCGAAGUCGGAGCAGUCACCAUCCGUGGUCGUAGCCCUAUAGACGCCGAAAACCUCCUACCUGUAUGUCCAUCAUGCAUGACUAUCGGUGUAUUACUGGAUGACACUGGACCCCGAUGUAGAUCAUGUCUCGAACCCACCGUAUGGUCCUUCUACUCGUUUGAUGCACUCCCGCUAACGCAAUUCCAGCCAGAGCAUGAUGUAUCGUCCUCCGAAGCUAGACAUUUACUGUCGCUGGAUCCGCGCGGUGGUAAAGCUAUUGUGUUUGGUGGUGAAGAUGAUGGACCAAGCUGGAGGGAUCUAGUUGAGAUGGGUGGUAAGCGUGACGAGAGCGAGGAUGUGGACGGGUCGAGGAUGCUGGGAGGUAGAUGGAGGGAUCAUGUUGAUGCGUCACCGCAUAAUAAUAGCAGUGGAAAGAGCAAGUCUAGUAAACAGCCACGACGUGAAACAGUAGUUAAAAGCAGUGAAACACUAGCAUCUAACGGAGGCAACUUGUCUGAUCGACACCUGCACGGACUUUUAAAAUCCAACAUGUCUGCAUUCGAUGCGCCGAGAUUAUCGAGGAAGGAAAUGCAAGCCAUACCACCAUCACAGAGCUUUGUCGUGUCUUGGAAUCGAAGGUGUAUUGCAGACCGGUAUUAUAGACUUGUGGUUGCUGAGGCACCUAUAUCGAUGUGUCUGACAUGUAGGCAUUUCUUUCAUGAGGAGGAAUGGAUUCAUCAUACGAGGACGACGGGGGCGUGUCCGUUUUGUAGGGCUUCGGCUUCGAGGGCUGGGUAG